AUGUCUGUCACUGGACACAGACUCUUCGCGAAGUACGAACGAUUGCGGAAGUGGUGCAGAGGCACUCUGGACCUUACCAGUCGAGAGGGACAACAGAGGCUUAACAGCCCCCCUCGAAAACUGUUCAGCCGAAGAGGCCAAGGAAUUGGCGGAUGUGUUUCAAUCGGAAAUUCAAAACGCGCCCUCUGCAAGUUACCGAAAGGAAUGCACAAGACACCUUCGACGUCUUUUUGA